UAUUCAGGAGCAGAUGCAGAGGCAGCAGCUAGAGGCCUCCCAGAAGAGCUCUACAGCCACCUUUACCACAAACAGCAUCCCAGGAACAAAGGCACCUUCUAAAGCGAACACUCCCUCAUAGAGUCCCCCCAAACAGAGCUCCUCCAAGCCAGUUCGUCCCACACAGAAGACCAAGCCCCAAGCCGUAGGAAAGCCCUCGUCUGCCCCAGACCGAGGAGCCGGCACCAAGCUACAGGAGUCCUCCGACUUCACCGCUCAACUCAACAACGCUGACCUGUUCAAACGCAAAGGUCAAAGGACAGCUCACCAGGUCCAGCCCAGCACUACAGCAGCCGCUACAGACACCAGAGGUCCACUGGUGGAGAUUAAGACUCACAGCUCCUUCCAGCCAAUAGCAAGCAGUAGUAGGACCAACAAUACUGUACGUUCAUCACUACCUUCCCAGUCCAAUGCCACUGCAGCUCUGUCCGCCGUACGACAGGCGAACCCCCUUCCAUCUCUCCCUAAAGACGUCGCCAUCGAGAAGUACUCUGGACUGAGGCGACCACGCGUGUCCUCCACGGAGAUGGAUCGUAUAAGAUGGCCGACCGCAAGCUGAUCCGGCUCUCCCAGUUGCCUGAGCGCCUGGCCCGGGAGAAACUGGAGGUCUGCGGCUGGGUCACCUUCGCUGUGCUGGUCAACAAAGCCACACCACAGAGCAACAGCAGUGGUAAGACGUCCAGCAUCUGGAAGCUGUCUGACCUCCAUGACCUGCAAGUGUACGUGUCUCUCUUGCUGUUUGGGGAGGUGGAUAAGGAGCACUGGAAGACUGAGCCAGGCACCGUCAUGGGCAUCCUCAACCCCAACCCCAUGAAGGCCAAAGACGGAUAUGACGGGGUGUCUCUGUCGGUGGACCACCAUCAGAAGGUGUUGUUGAUGGGGGAGGCUCAGGACUAUGGCACCUGUAAGGCAGCCAAUAAGAACGGAGACCCCUGCUCUCAGAUUGUCAACCUGAAUCACAGAGCUGGAGGAGAAAGAAACUAACACGGAGAGCUCCACACAGACCUCACUACUGCCAGAGGUGGUUUCCCCAGCACUAGUCACCACAGCAUGUGGUACUGAACCAGAGGCGGAGUCCCAACAGAACUCUGGGAAGGAGAAGGUAGAUGCACAGAUAGCCUGGGUAAGAGCUUGUCUCUCACCCUGUAAGAACAGGGAAGUUAAUGAGAUUGAAAUGUAUUAAUGUACAAUAUGUAAUGGGGAAUUAAAGAAGUUACAGAUAAAGUAAAUCAAUGUGGUUUAAUACAGUUGCAACAGGGAGACACCUCCAGCAGAGAAGCAGGCCCUUAUAUUCUAAUCUCACAGCACCAAUGUUCUGUAAACACCUGCCGAGAGGCUUGUAGGAAGUCACAACAUCAGCUGCUACAGAAUCAGUGUCCCAGAAAACAAUAACAAUCAGUGUCCUCUGUCCUCAUACCUCCAGUCUGGUGUCAAUCACUAUCAGAUAUGAACAAUCCAUAACAUUCAGUAUCAAGUCUAGUGACCAUCAACCAGAAAGGUUCCCAAAUAAAACACUGGAAAUCAUGUGUAUUACAGAAAGAGAACAUAAAUAUGCUUUGCAUUGUUUUUUAAAAAUUAUUAUAUAUUUUUUUAUCCCAUUUUCUCCCCAAUUUUCGUGUUAUCCAAUCACUAGUAAUUACUAUCUUGUCUCAUCGCUACAACUCCCGUACGGGCUCGGGAGAGACGAAGGUCAAAAGCCAUGCGUCCUCCGAAGCACAACCCAACCAAGCCGCACUGCUUCUUUAACACAGCGCGCCUCCAACCCGGAAGUCAGCCGCACCAAUGUGUCGGAGGAAACACCGUGUACCUGGCCCCCUUGGUUAGCGCGCACUGCGCCCGGCCCGCCACAGGAUUCGCUGGAGCGCGAUGAGACAAGGAUAUCCCUACCGGCCAAACCCUCCCUAACCCGGACGACGCUAUGCCAAUUGUGUGUCGCCCCACGGACCUCCUGGUCGCGGCCGGCUGCGACAGAGCCUGGGCGCGAACCCAGAGACUCUGGUGGCGCAGCUAGCACUGCGAUGCAGUGCCCUAGACCACUGCGCCACCCGGGAGGCCCCUUGCUUAGCAUUGUUAAUUACUCUUAACUGGAUAUUAACUUUAUUCAUCUUACAUUUCCCCAUUACAAUGUCCUAACCCUUAGCUUCUCGAUCAGAACUGUCAGUUUGUUGGACUGUUGUCUGUUAUGUGUCAGGCUGCGUCAGAGGUGGAGGAUCUGAAGGCUAAGAUGAUGACCCUGUUUAAUGAGCUACAGCAGGCUCAGAGCAAACUGGGCGAGGCAGAGGGCAUGAAGAAGAACCUGCAGGACAGGUGCAGGACAAGUGAAAUAGGUGGUGAUGCCAGGGACUGGCAGCAGCAGGGGAAUAUACCGGAGCACGUCUGCCCCAAGUGUAACGAGAUCCUACCAGACCUGGACAGCCUGCAGAUUCACAUCAUGGACUGCAUCAUCUGAGCCUUCAUAAUAGUCAUCAGCAACAACAAAGACAACUGCCGCAGAUGCAACUUACUCUGAUUCUUCUUCAUCGUCAUCAUCCCAUUUAUGGCAGAGUAAAAUGCAGUCUUUGUGCUCUAAAAAGUGCAUUUAUUUUCCAGUUCACGGCUAUGUUGCUCUGGUCUAUGUUUUAGAACAUAGAACUAUAAUAUAAAAUGUGUUCUUAUAGUGCACAACUAGACAUAUUAUUUUUUUUGUUAGAGGGGCGAAAAACAUCCUGUAAAAUGUAUCACGUUUAAUAUACUGUUAGGUGAUAAAUGGAGAACUGGAAUUUGUAUUUUAAGUUUGGCAACUUGUUUAUUUUCUCAUGACAGCUGUCUGUCACAUAGUUUAGAAUUAACUCUUUAGCAAGAAACAAUUUGGUUUAUUAAAUGCUUAUUAUGGAUUUUCGGGUGGUUCAAUUUAAUCAAGCUGUAAUUCUGUUUCGAUGAAGGUUAUGAAUAGAUUAUGAUUACAGCAUAGACAUUUCCUUUUGAAUAAUUCAACAGAGGGAAGGAUGCCCAAGACAGUUUGUUUUUUGUAAAUGUAUAUUGCACAUACAUUUUAUCCAUCGUCGUCAUGGUUUGUACAUGUAUAAUUAAACCUAUGUAGCCUGCAGGAGGUAUGACUAUGCAAGGGAGUGUGUACUGUAUUAACUAACUACUAACUUCUGUAUUGUUAGGAUUGCGUCAAUUCAAUCUGGUAUAAGGAUAAGUAUGACAAUGAGUCCCCGAUUUGUAUGCUGUGUAUUAUUUAUUAACUAAGCAAUAAAUGGCAAAUGCAAUUUUCGUAUAUACGGGUUCAAUGUAUCAUCACGCAGGAUAAAACAGGGAACUGGGCAACACCCCAAAACCCCUCCCCUAUAUACUCUAAUAGUGUUAGUUCCUGCUUCAGAGCAAGCCUGUUAGAGUAGAGGUCCAGUGUGGUUUAGACUGACUGGCCUAUGGCUGGUGUUGGCACUUAAGCUAGUCCAGUCCCUUAGCGCUCCGGAGGGUCCGCUGUUAUCUUGAUAGAGUGUUGCUGUCUUGCCCCACACCCCUGUUGCAUUCACAGUUCCUGUUUUCUUGUCUUUUCAGUACUUUUCCAUCCUUGCUACCCCUCGUGACAGUUCCUGUUUUCUUGUCUUUUCAGUAAUUUUCCAUCCUUGCUACCCCUCGUGAAAUGCACCCCUCCCCUCCCAAGAUUAGUCAAGUCAUGCUAUAUGUUUAGCCACACUUUGUUGCACAAUUAUAACACACACACAUGUUCAAUGUACUUAUCACUCCCACACAUACAAUCAAUAAAACUCAGACCUCACAGUAUCCAGAUGUAUUUACAAAUCCUGUGAUUCUGUAAAAUAAUAAUGAAAAUCUGUAAUAAAGGUGUUAUUGGUACAGUAGGCUGUGUCUGUCUGUCUUUGUUGUUGCACACACAUCUAGAAUAUAAAACUCGG